AUGAAUGGAAUGAACUUCAAUGGAUGGUCAAUGCAACCAGCUGGCUACACACUUCCAUUUCAAGAAAUCGAGUUGUGUAGUCCUCCUUCAGCUACCGAUGACCAAAUUUCCCCUCAGAAAGAGACCCAAGCCAAGAAUUCGAAAAAGAUGGCAAUCCCUAGGCUCCCCGAAGGCUCAGAAGCAUCGUUAAGCUCCAUUGGACGUUUUCAUCGUCGCCAUGUUCGUCGAGCAUGCGAGUCAUGCCGUCAGAGAAAGACAAAAUGCACUGGAGAUAAGUCUGGCUGUAGAAACUGCAGGGAAGCUGGCAUAAUCUGCUGUUAUACAGAUGGCAAGAGAGAGAAAUCGAAACGGCAACUUGCAACUCUAUCCGCCAAAGUCCAGACUUAUGAAGAGGUAAUACGGAAGAUGAGUUCACGAUUUGGAGUUUCGGACGAACAGUUAAUGAGUAAUGCUAUGAUUUGCGAUUCUCACCAUUCUGUGCUUGGGGAACAAUCUGAGAUGGCUUCUGCAUUCUCAAGAGGUCGUUCCCUAUUUAACAGUGAUAAUCCAGAGCGAAAAUCUAGAUCCCCAUCUCCAUUGUCUCUUGCCGGAACUGAUCGGGUUGAGGAGGAUUUCAAUAGAGAUGACUCAUCUCGUGCUACUGGAUAUAUUGGCAAUAGCUCAGAAGUAUCCUGGCUACAGAAUCUGCGCAAGAAAGUCAAUGGAGAUUCCCAAGAGACAGGGCAGUCCUCUCCUCCCGCAACGCCUGGUGCAAAAGACGACACUCUCGUUUCUUCGAGUAAUUUCUAUGAAGAUACUAGUGAUGUCGUUAUUACCGAGGAUGUGCAGUCCCACGCAAUGCCCGGUCAAAAAAUCGCAGAAUUACUUCUUCGGGCCUAUUUCAAAUCGGUGCAUCCGUCAUUUCCAAUUAUCGGAAUGUCAACUUUCAUAUCCCAGUAUCAGCUAUUCUUCAGCCAUCCAAACAUCAAGCCUGGAAACAAGUGGCUAGCUAUUCUGAACCUUAUAUUUGGCAUUGCUGCGGUGUACGCUCAUUUAAUAUCUGCAGAUUGGAAAUCGGAUCUAGAAGAUCAUUCGAUUUACUUUUCAAGGGCCAGAGCUCUAAGUAUGCCAGAUUCAUUUCUGGAUCAUCCCGAUUUGCAACAAUUGCAAAUUGGAGGAUUGACAUCUUUCUACCUUCUAACGACUGGCCAGAUAAACCGAUCGUGGAAGAUGUCUGGCAUUGCGGUUCGUAGUGCCAUAGCUCUAGGGCUGCACCUUCGAAAUGUUGAUAUCAAGACAUCAGACACUUCGAAAGAAAUUCGAUAUCGAGUGUGGUGGGCUCUAUACACCAUGGACCAUGUAUUAAACGUGAUCACGGGUCGACCAUCAUGUAUCAUUGAUGGGGCUUGCACGACACCCAUUCCGAUUCCCUACGACGAGAGUGACUUUCCAAAACAAGAGGCUGCCCAGAUGCUGAGCAAUCAUUCCAGAAAAGGAAUAUGGGUUCAUGAGUGGAACUCAGCCUCUUCAAACUUACCAAGUCCGUCCCAAGCUGAGGAUUCUUCUACCGACGGCACUGGAACCAAGCCCGAUAAGACUAUGGUUGACUGGUUAAAAUCUCUACCAUCAAGCAUGUCACUAUACUUCUUCCAUUUAGCCACACUCACAUCGAUAGGGAAACGCGCCAAUAUGAAACUGUAUAGCGCAGAAGCCGUGCAAGCACCAUGGCCAAGCCUAGAGUUUACUAUUCAAAGUCUCACCCUCGAAACCAAUGCCUGGCUAUCACACCUACCGGAGUCUUAUGAUUUCAACCUCCUGUGCACCACCCAAACCAUGGUCACUCAGAAGACAAGUCUUGCAUUUUCAUACUACAGCACGAGAAUAUCGAUCACUCGGCCCUGUCUAUGCCGGCUUGAAAAGCAAUGUCAGGCGGACGGGACAUAUGAAUUCUGUUUCAAGGCAGCAGCAGACUGCAUUGAAGCAGCCACCCAGAUAAUCAGUCUACUACCUGAUAAUCUCGAUGCUUCCUUGUUGCACAAAAUAUCGCCGUGGUGGUCCUUGCUUCAUUAUAUCAUGCAAGCCACCACAGUGCUACUAUUGGAGCUCUCGUUUCGGGUUGAACAUGUACCUGAAAAGGCAGGAGAAAUUUCACAGGCUACAAAAAAGUCAGUAAAAUGGCUGCACAAGUUGUCCUGUUGUAGUACUCCGGCUCAUCGAGCUUGGAAGCUCUGUGAUGAAUUCCUUCGCGGUCUAGCACAGCCUCUGAAUCUCGAUAUCAGUGAUCUCCCGGGAGAUGAUAUAUUGAUUGACCCGGUAGAUAAUUUUGCUUCUGUACUAGAAAGUUCUCUAUUGGACCAACAAAUUCCAACACCGAUGCCAUACUUAGAGCCAGAAGCUUUCGACUUUCUUGACAAGCAGCAAACACAUAGCCAGUCGCAGUCCUUCAUGCCAAAGGACGGUCUUGACGAUUAUUUACCUUAUGAUCCAAAUACCGGACAAAUUACGGGGUCAUUCUUUCCAACGAACAACAUCGAUCUGGAUUUAUCAUAUGUGUUGGACAGUUCUGUUUACUAAUUCAAACAUUCUUUCUAUUGGGAUUUAUAUUUAGCAAAGGCGG